AUGCCGGGAUCCGAGCAGGGCCCCCCGGCCAAAGAGCUGCUGUGCCGGGCGCUGGGCGGCGCGCGGCGCUGCGGGGCCGUUUCCCCGGGGAUUUCCCUGGAUUUUUCCCAUUUCCCGGAUAAUUUCCGGUAUUUUCCCGGGAUAAUUUUCCCAUUUUCGGGUGUUUCUCCCCCAGAGCUGCUGUGCCGGGCGCUGGGCGGCUCGCGGCGCUGCGGGCCGGGCUGGCGGCCGCACGGCUCCAGCUGUUAUUCCUUCUCGCGGGACGCGCUGAGCUGGGGCCGCGCCCGCAACGCCUGCGCUGACCUGGGCGCGCACCUGGCCGUGGUCAACGACGGCGACGAGCAGCUUUUCCUGGUGCAGAACAGCAACUGCAGCAGCUCGUGCUGGCUGGGGCUGACGGCCGAGCAGGAGGGGAAGUGGCGCUGGGUCACCGGCCAGGAGCCCACCGACACGUUCUGGGACGUGUGGCGGGACGAGGCGCGGCACGAGGCGCAGGAGCUGCAGGAGCUGCACGAGGCGCAGCGCUGCGGCGCGCUGGGCCCCGCGGGGCGCUGGCUGCGCGCGCCCUGCGCCGAGCGGCGCCGCUGGAUCUGCGAGAGGCGCGGCGGCUGCUGAGAGAGCGUUCGGGGCCAGAAAUCCUGCCAAAAAUCCCGGGUUUUUGGAGAAAUUGGGGCCAAAAAUCCUGCCCAAAAAUCUGGGUUUUGAAAGGGAUUUGGGACAAAAAUCCUGCAAAAAAAAUCUGUUUUUUAAAGGAAAUGGGGCCAAAAAUCAGCCAAAAAUCAUGGGUUUUUAAAGGAAAUGGGGCCAAAAAUCCUGCAAAAAUUCAUGGUUUUUUUAAAGAAAUUUGUGCCAAAAAUCCCGGUUUUUUAAAGGAAUUUAUGAAAAAAAUCCCAUUUUUUAAAGGGAUUAAGGCCAAAAAUCCUGGUGAAAAUUCUGGUUUUUCAGAGGGAUUGGGGCCAAAAAUCCUGCCAAAAAUUGCAUUUUUUUAAAAGGAUUGGUGCCAAAAAUCCUGACAAAAAUAAUGGUUUUUUAAAGGAAAUGGGGCCAAAAAUCCUGAAAAAAUCCCGUUUUUUUAAAGGGAUUUAUGCAAAAAAUCCCAUUUUUUUAAAAGGGAUUAGGGCCAAAAAUCCUGGUUUUUUAAAGGGAUUGGUGCAAAAAAUCCUGCCAAAAAUCACAAUUUUUAAAAGAAAUUUGUGCCAAAAAUCCUGCAAAAAAAUCUGGGUUUUAAAAGGGAUUGGGGCCAAAAAAUCCCAUUUUUUUAAGGGACUGGUGCCCAAAAUUCUGUUUUUUUAAAGGGAUUGGGGCCAAAAAUUCUGCUUAAAAUCUCAUUUUUUAAAGGAAUUUGUGCCAAAAAAUCCCAAUUUUUUAGAGGGAUUGGGGCCAAAAAUCCUGCAAAAAAUCUGGUUUUUUUAGAGAGAUUUGGGACAAAAAUCCUGCAAAAAAUUCUGUUUUUUUAAAGAAUAAUUGUGCAAAAAUCCUGCCAAAAAUUCUGGUGUUUUAAAGGGAUUUGUGCCAAAAAUCCUGCAAAAAAAUCUGGUUUUUUUAAUAGAAUUUGUGCCAAAAAAUCCCAAUUUUUUAAAGGGACUGGUGCCAAAAAUUCUGGUUUUUUAAAGGGAUUGGGGCCAAAAAUCCUGCAAAAAAUCUGGUUUUUUAAAGGGAUUGGGGACAGAAAUCCCACCAAAAAUCGGGGUUUUUUAAAGAAUAAUUGUGCAAAAAUCCUGCCAAAAAUUCUGGUGUUUUAAAGGGAUUGGGGCCAAAAAUCCUGCCAAAAAAUCUGGUUUUUUAAAGACAUUUGUGCCAAAAAUCCCGUUUUUUUAAAGGAAUUUAUGAAAAAAAUCCCAAUUUUUUUAAAGGCAUUCGGGCCAAAAAUCUCAUUUUUUAAAAGAAAUUUCUGCCAAAAAUCCUGCCAAAAAUCCCGGUUUUUUAAAGGGAUUUGGGACAAAAAUCCUGCAAAAAAAUCUGGAUUUUUUAAAUAGAUUUUGUGCCAAAAAAUCCCAAUUUUUUUAAAGGGACUGGUGCCAAAAAUUCUGGUUUUUUAAAGGGAUUCAGGACAAAAAUCCUGCCAAAAGUCUGGUUUUUUAAAGGGAUUCGGGACAGAAAUCCUGCCAAAAAUCCCAUUUUUUUAAAGGGAUUCGGGACAAAAAUCCUGCCAAAAAUCGGGUUUUUUUAAAGAAUAAUUGUGCAAAAAUCCUGCCAAAAAUCCUGGUGUUUUAAAGGGAUUGGGGCCAAAAAUCCUGCAAAAAAUCUGGUUUUUUUAAAGGAAAUGAGGCCAAAAAUCCUGACAAACGUCCCGUUUUUUAAAAGAAAUUUGUGCCAAAAAUCCUGCCAAAAAAUCCUAACAAAAACCUCAUUUUUUAAAAGGAAUUUGUGCCAAAAAUCCCGGGUUUUUUAAGGAAUUUAUGAAAAAAAUCCCUUUUUUUAAAGGGAUUCGGGCCAUAAAUCCUGCAAAAAAAAUCUGGUUUUUUAAAAGAAAUUUGUGCCAAAAAUCCCGGGGUUUUAGAGGGAUUGGGGCCAAAAAUCCUGCCAAAAAUAAUAGUUUUUUAAAGGAAAUGGGGCCAAAAAUCCUGACAAAAAUCCCUUUUUUUAAAAGGGAUUGGGGCCAAAAAUCCUACCAAAAAUCCCGGUUUUUUAGAGGGAUUGGGGCCAAAAACCCUGCAAAGAAAUCACGAUUUUUUAAUAGAAUUUGUGCCAAAAAUUCCAAUUUUUUUUUUUAAAGGAAUUGGUGCCAAAAAUCCCAAUUUUUUUAAGGGAUUGGUACAAAAAAUUCUGCAAAAAAAUCCUGGUUUUUUAAGGGAUUGGGGCCAAAAAUCCCGGUUUUUUUAAGUGAUUGGUGCCAAAAAUCCCGAUUUUUUAAAGGGAUUGGGGCCAAAAAUCCUGCCAAAAAUCCCGAUUUUUUAAAAGAAAUUUGUGCCAAAAACCCUGACAAAAAUCCUGUUUUUUUAAAGGGAUUGGUGCCAAAAAUCCUGCAAAAAAAUUCCCGUUUUUUUAAUGGGAUUUAUGCCAAAAUCCUGAAAAAAAUCCCUUUUUUUAAAGGGAUUUGUGCCAAAAAUCCUGCCGAAAAGUCUGGUGUUUUACAGGGAUUGGGGCUAAAAAUCCUGCCAAAAAUCCCGUUUUUUAAAAGGAAUUUAUGCAAAAAUCCCAUUUUUUAAAAGGGAUUGGGGCCAAAAAUCGUGCCAAAAAUCCCGGUUUUUUAUAGAGGGAUUGGGGCCAAAAAUCCUGCAAAAAAAAAAUCUGUUUUUUUAAAGAAAUUUGUGCCAAAAAUCUCGGUUCUUUUAAGGGAUUUGUGCCAAAAAUCCCAGUUUUUUAAUAGGAUUUGUGCCAAAAAAUCACGAUUUUUUUAAGGGAUUGGUGCAAAAACUCCUGCCAAAAAUUCUGGGUUUUUUAAAGGGAUUGGGGCCAAAAAUCCUGCAAGACAAAUCUGGUUUUUUAGAGGGAUUGGGGCCAAAAAUCCUGCCAAAAAUCACAUUUUUUUAAAGGGAUUUGUGCCAAAAAAUCCCCAUUUUUUUAAGGGAUUGCUGCGAAAAAUUCCACAAAAAAUCCUGAUUUUUAAAAGGGAUUUGUGAAAAAAAAUCACAUUUUUUAAAAUGAAUUAAAAAAAAAACAACAUUAUUUUUUUAAUGGGAUUUUUCAAGGAAAUCCCAAUAUUUUUAGAGAUUUGUGUCAAAAACCUCAGAAUUUUUAAAGGGAUUUUUGUCAAAAAUUAUGAUUUUUUAAAAAGAUUUGUGCAAAAAAAAAAGGGAUUUUGUAAAGGGAUUGGUGAAAAAAAUCCUGAUUUUUAAAGGGAUUUGUGCAAAAAAAGUCAAGAUCUCUUUUAAAGGGUUUGUGCAAAAACAUCUUGGUUAUUUUAAGGGAUUUGUGCAAAAAAUCCUGCCAAAAAUCCAGAUUUUUUUGCGGGAUUUGUGCAAAAAUUCCCGAUUUUUAAAGAGAUUGUGUAUUCCAUCCCCAUCUGAUAGAGGUGGGGCAAUUAUCUGCUGUUAAUAACCCAUUAAUUAUCAAUUAUCUGCUGUUAAUGGGCCAAUAAUUAUUAAUUCUCUUUUGUGAAUAGGCCAUUAAUUAUUAAUUAUAUUCUGUUAAUUGGGGCAGCUUUCUUUAUCUCUUCCAUAAACCAACCCUCCCUCAAGGAGACAUCUGCUGUUAAUGGGCCAUUGAUUAUUAAUUAUCUUAUGUUAACGGGUCAUUAAUCACUAAUUAUCUGCUGUUAAUGGGUCAUUAAUUAUUAAUUAUCUGUUGUUAAUUGGGCAGUUUAUAUCUUCCACAAACCAAUCCUCCCCCUGGAGAAAUACCUUCUGUUAACGGGCAAUUGUUUAUUAAUCAUCUUCUGUUAAUGGACUAUUAAUUAUUAAUUAUCUGCUGAUAAUGGGCUAUUAAUUCUUAAUUAUCAUCUGUUAAUAAUUAAUAAAAAAUGAUCUGCUGUUAAUUGGGCAAUUUCCUUUAUCUCUUCCCCAAUCAAUCCUCCCUACAGAUCUCCGCUGUUAAUGGGCCAAUAAUUAUUCAUUAUCCUCUGGCAAUGAACAGUUAAUUGUUAAUUAUUAAUUAUCUGCUGUUAAUGGGUCAUUGAGUAUUAAUUACCUUAUGUUUAAGGGUCAUUAUAUAUUGAUUAUCUGUGGUUAAUGGGUCAUUAAUAAUUAAUUAUCGGCUGUGAAUGGGUCAUUGAGUAUUAAUUAUCUUACGUUUAAGGGUCAUUAUAUACUGAUUAUCGGUGGUUAAUGGGUCAUUAAUGAUUAAUUAUCGGCUGUUAAUGGGUCAUUGAGUAUUAAUUAUCUCAUGUUUGUGGGUCAUUAUAUAUUGAUUAUCUGUGGUUAAUGGGUCAUUAAUUAUUAAUUACCUGCUGUUAAUGGGUCACUGAAUAUUAAUUAUCUUAUGUUUAAGGGUCAUUAUGUAUUGAUUAUCUGUGGUUAAUGGGUCAUUAAUUAUUAAUUAUCGGCUGUGAACGAGCCAGUGUCACUGCAUGACUGACGAAAUGACGUCAUCCCAUUGGGCGAUGCCCCGCCCAGGGGGAGGAGCCAAGAAUUCCUGCCUGGAGAGAAUCUGAGGGAUGGGACACCGGGAGGGACUUCCCGGGAUCCCAGAGGAGCAGCUGGGCAAGAGGAGCAGCGUUCAUCUCCUCGGGAUUCCAGAGGAGCAGCGUUCAUCUCCUCGGGAUUCCAGAGGAGCGGCGUUCAUCUCCUCGGGAUUCCAGAGGAGCAGCUGUCUUCUCCUCGGGAUUCCAGAGGAGCAGCGUUCAUCUCCUCGGGAUUCCAGAGGAGCAGCGUUCUUCUCCUCGGGGUUCCAGAGGAGCAGCGUUCUUCUCCUCGGGAUUCCAGAGGAGCGGCGUUCAUCUCCUCGGGAUUCCAGAGGAGCGGCGUUCAUCUCCUCGGGAUUCCAGAGGAGCGGCGUUCAUCUCCUCGGGAUUCCAGAGGAGCAGCGUUCUUCUCCUCGGGGUUCCAGAGGAGCAGCGUUCUUCUCCUCGGGAUUCCAGAGGAGCAGCUGUCUUCUCCUCGGGGUUCCAGAGGAGCAGCGUUCAUCUCCUCGGGAUUCCAGAGGAGCAGCUGUCUUCUCCUCGGGAUUCCAGAGGAGCAGCGUUCUUCUCCUCGGCAUUCCAGAGGAGCAGCGUUCAUCUCCUCGGGAUUCCAGAGGAGCAGCUGUCUUCUCCAUGGAAUUCCAGAGGAGCAGCUGGGCAAGAGGAGCAGCUGUCUUCUCCUCGGGAUUCCCUGAGGAGCAGCUGUCUUCUCCCCUGGAUUCCAGAGGAGCAGCGUUCAUCUCCUCGGGAUUCCCUGAGGAGCAGCUUUCAUCUCCACUGUAUUCCCUGAGGAGCAGCUUUCCAAGAGGAGCAGCUGUCUUCUCCCCUGGAUUCCAGAGGAGCAGCUUUCAUCUCUACUGGGUUCCCUGAGGAGCAGCUUUUCUUCUCCAAGAGUUCCCUGAGGAGCAGCUUUCAUGUCCAAGAGUUCCCUGAGGAGCAGCGUUCAUCUCCUCGGGAUUCCCUGAGGAGCAGCUUUUCUUCUCCAAGAGUUCCCUGAGGAGCAGCUUUCAUCUCCUCGGGAUUCCCAGAGGAGCUGCUUUCCAAGAAGAGCAGCUUUCUUCUCCACGGGAUUCCCACCUUCUCCCCUGGAUUCCCGAGGAGCAGCUUUCAUUUCCACUGGGUUUCCCAAGGAUCAGCUUCCAUCUCCUCAGGAUUCCCACCUUUCCCACUGCAUUCCCAAUGAGCAGUUUUCAUCUCCACUGGAUUCCCUGAGGAGCAGCUGUCUUCUCCAAGAGUUCCCUGAGGAGCAGCUUUCCAAGAGGAGCAGCUUUCAUCUCCACGGGCUUCCCACCUUCUCCACUGGGUUCCCACCUUCUCCACAGCAUUCCAAGAAAAGCAGCUUUCUUCUCCACUGGAUUCCCAUCUUCUCCCCUGGAUUCCAGAGGAACAGCUUUCACCUCCACGGGAUUCCCAACUUUUUGCCUGGAUUCCCAGAGGAGCAGCUUUCUUCUCCACUGGAUUCCCAAAGGAUCAGCUUUUCUUCUCCACAGCACUCCAAGAAGAGCAGCUUUCUUCUCCCCUGAGUUCCCACCUUCUCCACUGCAUCCUCUGAGGAGCAACUUUCUUCUCCACUGGAUUCUCACUUUUUCCACUGGGUUCCCUGGGGAGCAGCUUUCUUCUCCAGUGGGUUCCCACCUUCUCCACAGCAUUCCAAGAGCAGCUUUCCUCCCCUCUGGGUUCCCAGAGGAGCAGCUUUCUUCUUCACUGCAUUCCAAGAAGAGCAGCUUUCUUCUCCACUCCACUCCCACAUUCUCCACUGCAUUCCCAGAGGAGCAGCUUUCAUCUCCUCUGGGUUCCCCGAGGAUCAGCUUCCUUCUCCAGUGGAUUCCCACCUUCUCCACUGCAUUCCCUGAGGAGCAGCUUUCUUCUCCACUGGAUUUCCAAAGAAUUCCAAAGAAUCAGCUUUUCUUCUCCACAGCAUUCCAGCUUUCUUCUCCACGGGAUUCCCACCUUCUCCACAGCAUUCCAAGAAGAGCAGCUUUCAUCUCCACCGGGUUCCCAGAGGAGCAGCUUUCAUCUCCACCGGGUUCCCAGAGGAGCAGCUUUCAUCUCCACCGGGUUCCCAGAGGAGCAGCUUUCAUCUCCACAGCACUCCAAGAGCAGCUUUCUUCUCCACUCCACUCCCACAUUCUCCACUGCAUUCCCAGAGGAGCAGCUUUCAUCUCCUCUGGGUUCCCCGAGGAUCAGCUUCCUUCUCCAGUGGAUUCCCACCUUUUCCACUGGGUUCCCAGAGGAGCAGCUUUCAUCUCCAGUGGGUUCCCACAUUUUUGCCUGGAUUCUCAGAGGAGCAGCUGUCUUCUCCACUGCAUUCGCAGAGGAGCAGCUUUCAUCUCCACUGGGUUCCCUGAGGAGCAGCUUUUCCAAGAAGAGCACCUUUCUUCUCCAUGGGAUUCCCACCUUCUCCCCUGGAUUCCAGAGGAACAGUUUUCAUCUCAACUGGAUUCCCUGAGGAGCAGCUUUCUUCUCCAAGAGUUCCCUGAGGAGCAGCUUUCAUCUCCACUGCAUUCCAAGAAGAGCAGCUUUCAUCUCCUCAGGAUUCCCAGAGGAGCAGCUUUUCAAGAAGAGCAGCUUUCUUCUCCUCGGGAUUCCCACCUUCUCCCCUGGAUUCCAGAGGAGCAGCUUUCUUCUCCAUGGGAUUCCCAGAGGAGCAGCUUUCCAAGAAGAGCAGCUUUCAUCUCCAUGGGAUUCCCACCUUCUCCACUGCAUCCUCUGAGGAGCAGCUUUCUUCUCCACUGCAUUCCCACCUUCUCCAUGGGUUCCCUGAGGAGCAGCUUUCUUCUCCAGUGGAUGUCCAAGGAUCAGUUUUUCUUCUCCACAGCAUUCCCAGAGGAAGACCAGGCCCAUCUCCACCACCACUGGACCUUCAGAGGAAAACUCCACCCUUCCACAGUGCCAUAAAUUCAUAUCAUAACAUUGGCUUUUUGCAAAUAUUAAAACAGAUUUUAUAUUUGUGACGUUAAGGUAACUUUGCCAUAAAAGAUAUUGGUUUUACUUCUGUUGUAAUUAAUGCUGUAGAUCCAUAUUAUAAUAUUGGCUUUUUGCAAAUAUUAAAGUGGAUGUUAUACGUGUGAUGUUAAGCUAACUUUGUUAUAAAGAUACUGUUUUUAUUCCUGCUGUAAUUAACGUUGUAGAUUCAUAUUAUAAUACUGGUUUUUUGCAAAUAUUAAAAUGGAUUUUAUAUGUGUGAUGUUAAACUCUGUUAUACAGAUAUCGUUUUUAUUCCUGCUGUAAUUAACAUUGUAGAUCCAUAUUAUAAUAUUGGCUUUUCACAGAUAUCAACAUGGAUUUUUUAUGUGUAACGUUAAAUCAACUUUGCUAUAAAAGAUAUUGUUUUUACUUCUGCUGUAAUUAACAUUGUGGAUCCAUAUUAUAAUACUGAUUUUUUGCAAAUAUUAAAGUGGAUUUUAUAUGUGUAAUGUUAAGCUAACUUUGUUAUAAAGCUAUAAUUUUUUAUUCCUGUUGUAAUUAACAUUGUAAAUCCAUAUUAUAAUAUUGGCUUUUUGCAAAUAUCAACAAGGAUUUUUAAUGCAUAAUAUUAAAUUUACUUUGCUAUAAAAGAUAUUGUUUUUACUUCUGUUGUAAUUAACGUUGUAGAUCCAUAUUAUAAUAUUGGCUUUUUGCAAAUAUCAACAUGGAUUUUUUACGUGUAACGUUAAAUCAACUUUGCUAUAAAAGAUAUUGUUUUUACUUCUGCUGUAAUUAACAUUGUGGAUCCAUAUUGUAAUACUGAUUUUUUGCAAAUAUUAAAAUGAAUUUUCUAUGUGUGAUGUUGGAGUGCCUUUGCUACAAAGAACAGCCAAGGAACACACACGCUCUGCGAAGCUGCACCCGAGGAGGAGCCAUGUAAAACAGUUCCUGGAACAUGUAAACGAGGCUAUGAAUAUGCAUGAGGACUGUGAAUAUGCAACAGGCUGAUGUAAUUAAGAGGUAUUUAAGGGGUGUCCCUGAAGAAAACAGGGCGCUCUUGGCUGACCCCAUGUUUGCUUUAGUCCUUGUCUCCCCUUGUCCUUAAUUAAACUUUUAAAUGUUCA